CCAUACUUCCUACCAUACUAUUUCACACUCUGCGGGCGCAUCCCUCAAGGCAUUCACGUCUGGUUGCCUCCGAUAUAACAACAGCAUGGCGACGACGCUACCUACGGCCCCGGCACGGGUUUCUCCCGCCUUUCAACUCGACCUGGCGUCUCCCCAAGACGUGCCCGAGAUCGUCCAGCUGUGGUACAGCGACUUUAGCAUCCCGGCCAUGCUCGAGCUCUGGCCCGACACUCCCGGGGUGCGAUGGUGGUGGGAAUCGGCCAUUCGCCAGGACAUGCUUCACCGACCGCGCGAGAAGUAUCUGAAAGUGGUGGACCCGUCCCAGGGUCGGAUCAUCGCCUACGGCAAGUGGUCUCUCCAGACGGCACAAGAGCGUGGGCCCCGGUUUCCCCCCUGGCAUCCCGAGAUGGACGCUCGUCACAACGAUCGAUUCUUCCAGGUCCUGGAGCAUAAUCGUGCCAGAGUUGUUGGUGAUGGAAGAAAGAAUUUCUGUAUGUGAGCCUAUGCUGUGUCCGAACAGUCCUGACGUUGGGUAGUUUUCGAUAUGCUUGCUACACAUCCCGACUAUCGUAGGAUGGGGGCGGCUCGGAUGCUCCUGGAAUGGGGCUGUCAGGUGGCUGAUCAGGAGAGGGCCCUGGUCUACCUGGAUGCCACGGACGAUGGCAAACCAAUAUAUGAGGGUUUGGGGUUUGUGGAUCGGACUGACGCCCAGAGUCAGAUCCACCUCACG